AUGCCUGGUUUUCUUGCUCCAUAUUGGGGAGUUCGUUAUCACUUACAUGACUGUAGAAGAGGAAGCAAUGGAAGGUUCACUGCAAAGGAGUUGUUUAAUUUUGGGCAUUCUUCAUUAAGGAAUGCAAUCGAGCGAAGCUUUGGAGUUCUUAAAUCUCGCUUUCCAAUUUUGAGGGAUCCUUCCUCAUUUCCAUACAACACCCAGGUACAAAUAUUAAUAGCAACAUGUGCAAUUCACAAUUUCAUUAGGACAGAAUCCAAGUCUGAUGAACUGUUUGCAUAUUAUGCAAAUGAAGAAAAUGUCAUAGAUGUUGAUACAUCCCCGCCCGAUGAACCAACGUUUAGUGGUAUGUACGCACAUCAACAAAGAAGAAGUGAAAUGAAUCACAUGAGAGUAGAAAUUGCGGAUGCCAUGUAUAGGUUCCGAUACCGAAACUAG